GGCGGAGCCGCCAUCGCGGCCUCUCGCGAGAUUACCGCCCCCAGCCCCUUCCUCUCACGCCCGGAAGCCGCUCGCCCUGAGGCGCCGCCAUGGAGUACAUGACGGGGCCGGCGGCCCCCAGCCAGGGCAACAUCCUCUGCUGCCAGUGCGGCGUGCCCAUCCCACCGAACCCAGCCAACAUGUGCGUGGCGUGCCUGCGCUGCCAGGUGGACAUCACGGAGGGCAUCCCCAAGCAGGUCACCGUGCACUUCUGCAAGCAGUGCGAGAGGUAUCUUCAGCCUCCAGGAACCUGGAUUCAGUGUACCUUAGAAUCAAGAGAGCUUCUUGCUUUGUGUCUAAAAAAACUCAAAGCUUCACUUAGCAGGGUCCGGCUGAUUGAUGCAGGCUUUAUUUGGACUGAACCACAUUCUAAGAGACUUAAACUAAAACUGACUGUGCAGAAAGAGGUGAUAAAUGGAGCAGUUCUUCAGCAAGUAUUUGUGGUGGAGUAUAUGGUUCAGUCUCAAAUGUGUGAAGACUGUCACAGAGUUGAAGCUAAGGAUUUCUGGAAAGCUGUAGUUCAAGUCAGACAAAAGACACUGCACAAAAAGACUUUCUACUAUUUGGAGCAGCUGAUUUUAAAACACAGACUUCAUCAAAAUACACUUCGCAUCAAAGAAAUCCAUGAUGGCUUGGAUUUUUAUUAUUCUUCAAAGCAACAUGCCCAGAAGAUGGUAGACUUUCUUCAGUGUACGGUUCCAGCAAGAUCAAAAUCAUCUCAGCGUUUGAUCUCGCAUGAUAUUCAUAGCAAUGUCUACAAUUACAAAAGCACUUUCUCCGUGGAAAUCGUUCCAAUAUGCAAGGACAAUGUUGUUUGUCUGUCACCAAAACUGGCACAGAGUCUUGGAAACAUGAGCCAGAUCUGUGUGUGCAUUAGAGUAACGAGUACCAUCCACCUCAUUGAUCCUAGCACUCUGCAGAUUGCUGAAAUUGAUGGAAAUACUUACUGGCGCCACCCUUUCAAUAGCUUGUUUCAUCCGAAACAAUUAGAGGAGUUUAUUGUUAUGGAUAUCAACAGAGUUCAAGAAAAGAGAAAAGGUGCAGGUGCAGGGGCAAGAUCAAACAAACACACGCUGGCAGAAGCCUGGGUACAGAAAACUUCGGAGUUGAAUACAGAUCAUCAAUAUUUCUGCUGUACUCACUUGGGACACAUUUUAAAUCCUGGAGACCUUGUCCUGGGAUUCGACUUGGCCAACUGUAACUUAAAUGAUGAGUUUGCAAAUAAGAUGAACCCACACCAUAUUCCUGAUGUGGUACUAAUAAAGAAGAGCUAUGACCGUACCAAACGCCAGCGUCGUAGAAACUGGAAGCUGAAAGAGCUAGAAAGGGACAGAGAAGGCACAGAUACGGAUGACGAAAGACAAUACCAGGACUUCCUUGAAGAUCUUGAAGAAGAUGAAGCCAUAAGGAAGAAUGUCAACAUUUAUAGAAAUUCAGAUGUUCCAGUGGAGAGUGACACAGAUGAUGAUGGUCCUCCACGAAUCAGUCUGGCUGAAAUGCUAGAGGAUCUCCAUAUUUCCCAGGAUGCCACUGGUGGGGAGGGAGCAAGUAUGAUGACAGAAUAAGAACAAUCCAUUAAUAUAUACAAUAAAUAUCCACUUGGAGAGGAAAAAAAUACUCCAAAUAUCCAAUACAUAACUAAACAUUUACAAACUGUAAUUGUUAGACACUGAACUUGGAAAGUAAUGUUAUAGGUACCAUUAUACCCCUAAAUCAUGUUGCUGAAUGGUUUUACGUAAUCUUCCAGAGGAUCAGCAAUUGAAGUUAAAUCUCUGGUGCAGGCAUUGCAGUGCAAGUUCCACAAGUUCCUUACAUCUCCCUGAAAGCUUUCUCACCUUAACUUCUGCAGUAUAAGGACCAGCUGACUAACUGCUGGGCUGUAACUGAGAGUAAUGAUUGUCUUGUACUUAAGGUACCUAAUAAGGAGGGAUGCCCAGAGGGAUAGAUUUUAUUCUAGUUUGCUAGAUUGUAGGUAGUGUAUCUUACCUACUCUUUAUUGCUUUCAUUUCUUCAUCUGUGAGGCAGAUUUUUCCUGUCUUAAUCAUUUUAGCACAAUGGUUUGAAGUCUUAUAUGAAGAUGCUAGAUUAUUCCCCAUUAUAAUAUUUUGGGGAAGCUCAAGCAUGCAUCUUCUGUUCCUUUGGUAAAGCAACUCCAAAUGUACAUGUCGUGUACACAAAAAACUUCCUGUAAGUUGAUUGAAGGUGUGGCACCCUGAGUCAGAAAGAUUGGAAACUUCUGUUCACUGUAAUGAAUGUUGUGUUGUGGAUGAUCUCUAAUUAAUGUAACAGAUAUGAGCUAUUAAAAACUAUAAAAAUA